AAGGGGGCGUGUGGUAGUUUCGCGCAGCUCAACAUCAUACAUCUAUGUUACAUCCGAUCCAGCCUUCCGCUUUGGCAACCUCUAGGUCGUUAGGUAACCGUAACAUAGGAGACUUUGUUAACUCAACCUACACUUCAUUUACCAGAGGAGAACCAAACCUAUUUUUCGGUGCAAUGGCCGGCACUUGGUGGCAUAGUGCCGCGGUGACCCACGUUUUGAUGGCGCUCUUUGCCAUGGGCUCCUGGAUUUCCGUAAACAGUCUCUGGGUCGAGCUGCCGGUGAUUGUCAAAGUAUUGCCCGAAGGAUGGAACCUCCCCGCCUACCUCUCCGUGCUGAUAGCUCUGGGUAACCUGGGGCCCAUCGCCGUCACCGUGACCCACCACUGCGCCCCGGGACGCCUGAACGAGCGGCUGGUCAUCCACGGCAUCCAGGCGCUGGCCGUGGCCGCCUCCGGCGCCCUGGCCGUGUUCUGGUCGCACACGGCCGGCGUGGGCGACCGGCAGCACUCGCUGGCCUUCCUGCUGCUCAGCUUCCUGCUGGCGCUGGUGUGCUGCACGUCCAACGUCACCUUCCUGCCCUUCACCUACAGCUACCCGCCGCAGUACAUCCGCACCUUCUUCGUCGGCCAGGGCCUGAGCGCGCUCUUCCCCUGCGUGGCGGCCCUGGCGCAGGGCAUCGGCAAGACGGAGUGCACCGAGUCCGUCAACGGCACGGCGGGCCACGCCGUCCACCGGCCCGAGAGCUUCCCCGCGCAGAGCUUCUUCUGGUUCCUGUGCGCCAUGCUCUGCGUGUCGGCGCUCGCCUUCUUGGCGCUGGUGCGGCGGCAGGAGGCCUCGUCGUCGUGGCGACCGGGCGACGAGCCUGUCGCCGCCGUCGACGAGGCGGAGGCGGGGUCGUCGGCGGCGGCGGCGGCGGCGGGGAAGGGGCCGGGGGAGACGGGCGACGGGGAGGAGACGCACCCGCUCCACAACGGCGGGCCGCUGGUCACGGACGAGCGGCCCGCGAUGGAGGAGCAGCUGGCGGCGCACACCUUCUGGACGCCGCGCAACGUGUACCUGCUGGCGCUGCUGGCCGUGUCCAACGCGCUCACCAACGGCGUGCUGCCGUCCGUCCAGAGCUACUCCUGCCUGCCCUACGGCACCAUGACCUUCCACCUGUCGGUCGUCCUGGGCAACAUCGCCAACCCGCUGGCGUGCUUCGUGGCCAUGUUCGUCCUCUUCAGGUCCUCUGCGUGUCUGGGCGUCAUGUCCUUGGCAGGAGGGGUGUUUGCAGCGUACCUCAUGGCGUUGGCGGCCCUCAGCCCGUGCCCCCCUCUCCUGGGGCACCCGGCGGGCGUGGGACUAGUGGUCACCUCCUGGAUCGUCUUCACGGGGCUCUUCUCCUACCUGAAGGUGGCCAUCGGCACCCUGCUCCACGAGGCGGGCCACUCCGCCCUGCUGUGGUGCGGCAUCUCCAUCCAGGCCGGCUCCCUGGUGGGGGCGCUCUCCAUGUUCCCCCUGGUGAGCGUCUACCACGUCUUCUCCCGCGCCCAGGAGUGUGUGGACAACUGCAGCUAGCCGCCCCGCGGCGUCCACUCCGAGCUAACAUCGGAUUUUCAGGAUUUUUGAGACAUCGUUCUCCGUAUUCACUCUGAGGGGAUCGUGUUUUUUUUGGUGCAAGCUCUAGAAUUAAAGUGCCACAAGCCUUUUUUUGAUUCCCGCGGAUAGUGCCGCUCGUGAUGAGACGCUCUGUUGUUGUUUUGGGGAACAUAGAGGUCGCUGGAGGCUUCCUGGAUAAUAGGAGCAUUGAGUUACUGUCGACCAAGGGGGUGGGAAAGAGAAAGGGGCCUUUUAAGGAGACGAUACUGCAAGAGGCUAUUUGUGGUGCGUUUUAUGAAUAUUUUUUACAGCUGUCCUAAGCUUUGGAAGGAUCAUGUGAAACUGUUGAUGACCUCAGGAACACAAUAAGCUACUUAUUCACACAGAGAGAAAGAAAAACAUUCUUCCUUUUCUUAUGCGAGGGGAAAGAAAUGCAAUGGAAAUGGUUGUUAAUAACUACAUUGAGUUUCCUACCUCUACACUAAGUAACCAUUUCAUGCACAGACCAUAUUUUCUGUUCAUUGCAAUCCAUAUGCGUCCAGGUCUUUCAAACAAUACAGGGAGAUUCUUUUGCCUUUUAAUACCUUUUUUUACUUGCUGCUAGUCACUUGGUAAUUAUUAUAAAAGAAUAUAAUCAUGUAAUUGACAAUUGACAAUAAAUGUAACAACACAUUUUAAAGGUCAACUUCACCCUAGGAGGAACUGGGAUAAGCUAAUUACUAUUUGUGUAAUAAAAUGUUGUUAGCGUAGCAAUUAUUGUACAUCAGUGCUUUCUACAUAAAAAAGUGACAACACAGGUUUAUUACCAGCCAAAGGACAGUAAUUUUUCAGUGGCAAAUAGUUAAUACAUUAUUGUAAUAUUUCAAAGAAUGUAUUUACUGGUAAAUUCAAGGCCUACCAAAUGUAGUGUCCAAAAACCAACUUUGGUAAAAGAGGAAAUGUUUUAAUAGCAGACCACCACGAAUGUAGGCUAUAUAUUUUGAUAUUCAAAUUGUACUAUUCUGAUUAUCAUCAAUAUGCUGCUACCGUUGAUAAACCUGAACAGAUUGUCAUAGUUACUUUACUACAAGGAAUGUUCUUGAUUUGUUUGGUAAAGGCUUCAUUGUUUGAUUUACCAUGUAACUGAUUGAUUGCAGAUGAAAUUGUAAUUUUUUUUGUUCUUAGUUGGAUUUUUUUUUAUGAACUGUAACAGAUUAUUAUUAUUGUUGCCAUAAGUGAAAUCAUCUGCAAAAAAGUUCUUUUUUUUUUAAAGUACAUAGAUUGUAAAAAAUUCAGUUCAACAUUGACACCAUCAUGAAAGUCCUAAUGAGUUUUGAAGGGAUCAUGAUUUCGCUGAGUGAAUAAUGAACCUUUACCCAGCCCAUGUUUGUCCGGGUUUGUGAAGAUAAGAAUCUCAAUGUGCCUAAAGGUAUUGGUUAGCUACUACAUAGCUAUCAACACUCCUUCCAUUGCUAGUCAUCUGAGGAAAGGGCUAAUUUUUUAAAAGAAACAAAAGGUUAUUUGAGAACAAAUGGUACGCCUCAUCUUCUAGUAUUCAAUUAGGUUUGAUUUAUUGCUACAAUAUGGCAAACGUAUUAAACUGUACAAUGUUGUGACACUCAUGAGAGCCCAGGGAACUUAGGAUAACGAUGUAUCAGGAAGAAUAAAUUGUAAUGUCUUUCAAAUGUCUCUAGCCCCCUCCAUCUCCUUGCUGUCGAAAUUAAACCAGCCAAAGCCAUUACAUUGUGUAUUUUAUGUCCUGACUGAUGUAUGCUACUGCCAUCAUGUGGUUUGUUUACGAUUCUGUUCACUAAAUCGAAAUAGUGAAACUGAUUAAACCAAGUAACUUUCAAAGAUGAAA